CCCCCUUCGAUAUACUUCUAUCAUCCCCAGCUUAAUUAAGAAAUCAAUUGGAGCCCGCACUAGGGUUUCUUAAUCUUACGAGCAGAAACCAACGGGCGAGAAUCCUUUUAUCAGGAAUGGCUGACAAGAAGAAGAAGAAGGCUACCAUGCUCAUCCGACUUGUGUCAUCUGCUAGGACCGGAUAUUUUUACGUCACCACGAAGCCUUCCGGGAUGACAGAAAAACUCGAGUUGCGAAAAUAUGAUCCUCGUGUAAGACUUCAUGUUCCAUUUACUGAGGUAAAAUUGAGAAUCAAAUGAGUAAUUAAGCUCUUCUAUAUCAUCAUCGCACACCAAUUUGGAUCCUUAUUUUGUUGUUGAUUAUUGGAGCUGAGAUGCUAGCAGCUAGCCUGUAUCUAAGUAGACCCCAGUGUUUUUUUAAGUUACAAUAAUUUGGUGUUGUUGAAUUGAUCUAUGAUAUUAAGAGUGUUG